CUGGGACAUGGUUUCUGUCUGAGGAGGUCCAGCUGUCUCAGGCUGUAGAUGGACGAGGGAUGAUUCACGGGAGCUGCAGGCAAACACACACUUUAGGAGAUGUGACCAAUUCCCUUUAGACAUGAAAAGAAUCCAGGCUGUUUCUAAUGCUGCAUAGUUUUUAACUUUGGAUGUAGAUAUAUAUAUUUUUUUCUCUUUGUGGAAAUAAGGGACACUUUUGAACUUGCUUUGGGGAUUUUGGUGAAGUUGGAACAUGUUGCGUGCAUGAGCCAAACUGCCGAGUGCAUCUCCUGAAAGUAACUGCAGCAUCGUCACCAUCACUGGACUGAGCAUCAACAAACUGGACAAACUUUCCAAAAAGGAUUCAGGAAUCGGAAAUCAUGAAAGAAAACUAUGGCGGAUACGAGAACCAGCUCUUCAAAGAAGAAGACUUCACUGGGGAGGAGGAAGAAAUGCCUUCAUUUAGAGGCCGGACUCGGGGUGGCUGUGUGAGGUGCCAGCAGAGUCAGUCCCUCCAGCUGGCUGUCAAAGUCCUCUAUGCACUUGUUGCAUUACUCAUCAUUACUGUGGCGGUGCUGGCGUCACUCGUGUUCAGGAAGGUGGACAACCUGUCAGAGGAAGAAUCCGUCUUCCAGAAGAAGCUCACCAAGGCCCAGCAAACGAUUGAAGAUCUCAGGUCCGGGUCUAAUUGUUCAGGCUGCCCGGAUGUGACUCUGUACAGUCAGGAGAUCAACAGGCUGAAGAAAGAGUUUGAGGAUAUACAGCGGAUGUUACUGGGACAGGAGCAGAUGCUGGAUCAAGCCACUCAGACACAGACCAACCUGAAGACCACCAGCAGCCGGCUCACCCGUGACGUUCAAAACCAGCUCAUAUCCAUUAAACUUCUCAACCAGUCCUUGGAAAGAUACGUGGAUCGGGUGGAGGGCUGGAAGGAGGUGAUCGAGGAAACUGAAGAGCAGAUGAAAACGCUGACAGAGGACCAGUACGACAUUAAAGCUACGGCGCAGCAAGUCAACACAACAGUGGCACUCAGCACCGUGUGGAUCGACGCCCUGCAGAGGAAGGCAGACGAGGAAACUCUGGUGCUCCAGAAGUUGACCAGUGACUGGCAGAACUACAGCCGAGUGCUGACGGCCAUGAAGACCAACUCCAGCAACUCGAUGCAAACGCUGCGCUUCCUCCAGAACAACGUCGCAGCGGACCACCAGCGAAUCGCCAUGUCCAAUGAGGUGUAUUACGACCUGACGCAGCAGGUGAUGAAUCUGCAGAUGCAGCUCGACAAUGUUACGGGUUUCAUGGACGAACAUGAGGAAAACAUGCAUGACCUCCACUACCACUCAAGGUACUACGAGAACCGGACCGGCGAGCGUUUCUCUGCUGUAGAGGGUCGUUUGAACUCCAUGGAGAUGGAAAUUCAGACAAUCUCCUCCAGCAUCGACGCCACCGUCAGCCACGUUCAGAGCAUGUACAAGUAUAUAAACAUCGAGAGCUCGUCCUGUCAGAGCCGUCUGGGGAAACACACCGAAGAUCUACAAAACAUAAACAGCACGGUCCUGCUGCUGGCCCACCUGGCCGACACGCUGCGGCAGCAGAACAUGCUGAUGAGCGUGCGGCUGGACGUGGACGUGAGGAACCUGUCCAUGGUGAUGGAGGAGCUGAAGCUGGUGGACGUUCAUCACACGCAGCUCAUAAAGAACUUCACUAUCGUGAAAGGUGCCCCAGGACUGCCGGGUCCAAAAGGGAGUCGUGGUGAUACUGGCGCUAAAGGACCCAUGGGGCUGACUGGCAGCAAAGGUGACCGAGGCCCCACCGGUAGUCGGGGAGCUCUGGGACCGAAGGGUGAUAUGGGCCCCAAAGGACCGGCAGGUGAAGUAGGUGAAAGCGGCAUCAAGGGAGCAGCUGGGAUCAAAGGAAGCAAAGGAGCCAUGGGUCCACCGGGCGCAAAGGGGGAGAGGGGCCCCAAAGGCGACAGGGGGUUCCCUGGACGUGACGGCCUUCCGGGAUCCAACGGGCCCGCCGGGAUCCAAGGGCAGGCAGGACCGCGAGGCGUCGCCGGUCCUCAGGGACCAAAAGGACAUCCAGGGCCCGUAGGUCCGCCGGGUCCACCCGGGACCCCGGGACCUCCAGGCCUGCCGUACGUCCACGACCACAGCAACACGGCCCAUCAGCGAACUGUGGCGCCCGCCGCUGGACCCAAGAGACAAUAGAGCAGCACA